ACGCACAGCGAGUGGGCUUUUCUAUCUGGCGGAAGUAGUAGAGGAGUAUCCCGAGCCAACGAAGAAAUUCAUAGGGAUCGCACUGAUUACUGCCUGUGUGUUGAAUGCUGCCAUGUGGCUAUUUGAGGGCUAUCCAUUGUUGGAGGUCGUGCUACCAGGGCUCGUAGCCCACGGAUUCUACUCUCUACUGCUCCCUACCUUCCCCGUGUGCAAUUUUGCAUCCGUCGGCUUUGUGUCCAGUACAGUAAUGUUCUGCGUGCAUCAGUACUGCGUGUUUUCGUACUUCUCGAGACACUACUACGUAUUCGCGGACGUGCUGGCCUACUUCACCGUAUGCGUGUGGCUCGUACCCUUCAUCUUCUUCGUCUCAUUGACGUCUAACGACGGCAACCUGCCCACCAAGUCCUCAGACGGUCAAGCCUCAGCAACCCCGGCAGCACGACGCAGCAGUAAGGUGGGUCUGAAAUCCAUGCUGAACUUCUUGAGCUGGAAAUCAGACGAUUUGCCUAAGAUACAUGAAACUCUCAAUGAGACACACAGUCACAGCAGCCUGGGUAUGGGGGGUGACCAGUAUCACCAAAACAACGGCAAUAUGAGCGGAUACGAGAGCGCUGGAUCGUUUCAAUCGAGGUCUAAUAGUCCAUAUGACAACCAACCAGGUUCAAAUGGGGCAAACAUCGGUGGUACAAAUCCUUACCACAGGCAACAUAGUAAUCAUUUUGAGCCACAAAAUACGUACGGGAACGUGGGUAGUCGGUCGUACGAUUACAGCCAGAAACAUAUCUGAUCAUUUCUGAGAAAUGAGGUUCGAAGGAGUGGGUCUUUUGGUUGGCGUAUAACAUUAGGAAUCACUUAAAAACGCUGGAGAAUCGGUUUUGAAGUUUUGAGAACAAUUUCAUAUAUCUCGAUAAAUUCUCUACUUCAAAUUGUUCACACUUAUUAUCAUAGCCUCUUAAAAUAAAACAAAGGCUAUGAUAUUAUAUAUUAAAUCUUUACAAAGUGA